GGCGAAACGUCGUGAGCCACGAAGUGUUGAUCUUCUGAUAUUAUUUUAUCUCCUUUUCUAGCUCCCAUAAAACGACUGGGCCUCUGUGAGAGACAAUACAAAGAUGCGUUCAACAACCAGUAGGAUAUUUUGGAGAUCGUUAGCAAUAGCUGCAGAGAAAAGCUGUCCUUUGGAAAGUAAUGUUAAGUCAUUUGGAGAAAUACCUGGACCUAAACCUCUGCCCUUGCUAGGAAAUAUAUGGAGGUACUUUCCAUUAAUUGGUGAAUACAGUAUGGAAAGAAUCCAUAACUCAUACUUUCAUAUGUAUGAGCAAUAUGGUCCUCUAGUGCGUGAGAAGUUGUUCUCCACUCGUACACUGGUGCAUGUUUUUGAUUUGGAAGAUAUGGCUACCGUAUACAAAAACGAGGGUAGAAGACCUCACCGUGUGAGUCACAGAGCUCUAGAAAAAUACCGGAAAGACAGACCACAUCUAUACAAUGGUCCUGGACUUUUCCCGAGCAAUGGGGAAGAGUGGUACAACUUCCGUCGUCUGUUCCAGAGGACACUUGUUGAUCCAAGGACAGCAGAAGCUUGUUUGUCAGAGUUAGAAAAUAUAACAAAUGACUUCAUUAAAAGGAUACCACACCUACUGGACGACAAAUCUGAAAUGGACCUGCAGCCGGAGCUCUUUAGUUUUGCAAUUGAGUGCAUUGGUAUGAUAACUCUCAACAAGCGUUUGGGUUGCCUGACACCAGAAGGUAAUCCUGCGGCUGCAGCUUUAGUAAAGGCUGCGAAUGACAUUCACCAUGCAGUGUUUAUGACGGAAAAUACCCCAAUAAGAUACAAAAAGAAUUAUCGAAUCUUAGAAGCCGGAAUGGACUUACUCUCUAGUACAGUUAGCUCAUACAUCAAGGACUCUUUAGAAGAUCCAUCUUCAAACAAAGACUGUUUACUUUUCAAACUAAUGAACGCAAAAAAUGCAGACACAAAAGAUGUAUUUACAAUGAUUUUGGAUAUGUUUUUAGCCGGCAUAGAUACUACUGCAUACAGUAUUGGUUUUGGUCUAUAUAAUCUUUCAAUUAACAAGAAGGUCCAGGAAAGGCUAAGAGAAGAGCUUAGGGAGCGGCUUCCAAAUCAGAAUAGCAGGUUCAGUGACAUUUCUCAGAAGAUACCUUAUUUGCAGAAUGUGAUCAGUGAAACAUUGAGAUUAAAUCCUGUUGCCUUAGGAACAGGAAGAGUUCUUCCAAUAGAUCUAGUACUGAGUGGCUACAACGUUCCUGCUGGAACAUACAUCCUUUUGCAACACCAAGUGGCAUGUAUGCAGGAGAAAUAUUUCCCGAACCCACAUUUGUUCGAACCGGACAGGUGGUUAGGAGACACACCACCUCUUGUUUCGAGUCCGUUUGGAGUUGGUCCCCGAAUGUGUAUAGGUAUGCGAUUGGCACAAAAGGAAAUUCAGUUGGCAUUGUCUAAGAUGGUGCUACAUUACGACAUGAGUUACCAUUAUGAACCGAUAGGUUGCAAAAAUAGGUUAAUCAAUGUUCCAGACAGGCCAUUGAGACUACGAUUGAAACGUUUGCAAUAUUGAUUGUGAAGUUUGAGCAUCCCGUGAAAUAUAUUUUUACAUCUUCAGUUAAGGUUUUGUGUUUUUUUUAUGCAUAGGGGGAGAAAGUUAUGGGUAUGCUAAAUGCGGAAUCUAUCUGCUUAAUUUAUUUUUCUAUUGCGCAUUAGAUAUUUAUGAACUUAGUUGAAAACCGAGCAAAA